AAGGGUGGUUCCGUAAUGAAAAGGAUUAGAACAUAGCCAUCACCGGUCACCACACCACUAACUCUGUAACCAGGCUGAGGACAGUGACAACAACCGGCAGGCUUCGAAUUCGAGACUCCUGCGUAGAUCGUCGAUUCCGUCACAUCGGCAGGCUGCAACGGGAGGCCGAUCCUUCGCCUGGAGGUCUCCGGAUGGCGCCGCUGCCGCUGCUGCCGCCGUCGCUGUGAGAUCGCCUGCGCACGUCAACGAAUGCGUGAGAGAGGUGUCCUAUAAUUAAAUCUGCCAUGGCAUCUCCACACUACAGUUUGAGAUGGAAUAACCAUCAGAACCACAUCCUCAACGCAUUUGACACACUGCUGCAAAAUGAAACACUUGUGGAUGUCACCCUCGUGUGUGAAGAGACAAGUGUUCGAGCACAUAAAGUUGUUCUGUCGGCUUGUAGUCCCUACUUCCAAAGGAUAUUCUCAGAGAAUCCUUGUAAGCAUCCUGUCAUUGUGUUGAAGGACUUGCGGGGAUGGGAAGUCCAAGCAAUUGUAGACUUCAUGUAUAAGGGUGAAAUAAGUGUCAUCCAAGAACAAUUAACAUCGCUUAUAAAAGCUGCUGAGUCAUUGCAGGUGCGUGGUCUGGCUCACACAGAGCAUGCUGUUUCGGAAAAGGAUCAGCCACAUACGUCACCACCACCACCACCUCCACCACCUCCAUCGGCUACACUUACUCCACUGGAGAAGCUGGGACUAUUUGCGUCAGCACCACCACGUAAUUUCUCAAGUUCCACAGGUCAUUCAACAGAGAAAGACUCAUUUUCUCUGUCACCUGGACUGCAGGGUCCACCUCAGCACUUUGAGUCACCACUGAAACUCCCUCAGUUAUCUCACAUGCCACAUAUAUCAUUUACUGAAAAUCCACCUUCACCUCAGCCAAGAAGGAAACAGGCUCGGCCUCGAAGACGAUCUGGAGACUUUGGUGCUCAAGAUUUGACUAAAGGUACAACAGCAUCACCACCAUUAGAAACUGCAGAGAAUUUGUCAAUGAAAAAACCUGUGAACCACAUGCUUAGUAACAAUGUUAGUGCAUCGGCUCUUCCAGUCCAACAUGGUGCAUCUAUUCCCUCACCGCAUCAAGUGCAUCCACCUCCUCUCAAACUGGAAAGUGAGGAGACUCAAAACCUUGAAUGCAGCCGUUUAGAGAUACACACUCCGGAGAGAGAUCGUGAAAGAGAGAGAGAAAGAGACAGGGAAAGGGAUAGACUUGACUUCUGUAACAGCACUGAAUCUGUCAAUCUUCCACCACCACCACCACCGCCAGAUGCAUCACUAGAUAAUUCUAGUUUCCCACCACUCUCAUCUGUUUCUGCACUGUCUUUAACUCCACCACACAUGUUUUCUCUUGAUUCUCAACUUGGUUUCUUUCCUGGGAUUGAAAGUUGCCGGACACCUCUGUUGAAUGAUAUUCCAGAACAGAGGACGGAAAACCACCAUAUAAUGGGCAAAAGGAAGAUGGGCCGACCAAAAGGGCAGCACAGUGCUCCUAGAGGUGGACCACCACGCUCUUGGACGAAUGCUGAAUUAACUGAAGCACUGCAACAUGUAUGGAACAAGAAAAUGACAACAUCUCAAGCUUCCAGAAUUUUUGGAAUUCCUUAUAACAGUUUGCUGAUGUAUGUUCGUGGAAAAUAUGGAAAAUCGUUGAAACUGGAACAACUCAAGAAAGAUUGCCUUGGUGGGCCAACUGGUCCCUUGGAACUCUUAGGACUUGGACCUAUGGGACCAAGCCAUGGAAACAACAACAACAAUAAUAAUAACAACAAUAAUGCUUCUGGUAAGUCCAACAACCCAGAAGACAUGUUGGGACCUCCAGUCUCAGAGCAUGACUUGGUUUCAAUAGGACCAAGUUUUAACCCAUACACAGCUGCAAAUUUCUACCCUGAUUUUGCAGCAUCAUUUCCUGUACCUGUCAGCAUGAUACAUCUCCUCCCUCAGUCAGAAAAGAACCGCGAAUUGUUUGGCCCAUCAAUGCCCCUUCCCUUGGACAUCACAGCUGCAAAUAGGGAGGAUGACUGCAAAAGUGGUAGUGGACGCAAAUCAAGGGAGAACAAUAAUAGUAACGUUGAUGAAGAACAUGAAGUGAUGCAACAACCACCACCGCCAAGAGAGGACACUGCACAACUUGUGGAACAGAAUGGUCAAAACUAAGAAUCUUAGGUAGUGACUGAGUGCUCCCAUGACCAUUUUACUGUUUUUCGUAGGGCAGUCAUUUCAAGAUAUGUUUCCUGGAUGCGAAACUGAGACCAUCACAUUUUUGUACAG